CCUCAAAGGCACCCCAUAAAUACCACCAAACCUUCACUCUCUCUUCCCCCAACCCACCAAAAUCCCCCUCUCUUCUCCCCUCCCAAUUUCCGUUCACCCGAAAACAAAUCUCUUCGAUUUUCCUCCAGAUGGCAAUAGCGACGACGGAGCUGCCGCCGCCGCCGCAUCCGUUCCUGGUCGAGAAAUGGAAGCUCUCGAGGAAGGAGAGCUCCGCCGCCGCCGCCAUGAAAUCGGCGGCGCCGCGGCACCGGAGGUGCUCCUUCACCAGAAAAUGCGCCUCCCUCGUGAAGGAGCAACGGGCGAGGUUCUACAUCAUGCGGCGCUGCGUCACCAUGCUCAUCUGCUGGCGCGAUUACACCGAUUCCUGAUGAAGAUCCACACACAGAGAAAGAGAGAGAGAGAGACGGAAAAAUUGAAAAAAAAAAACACAAAACAAAAAACCCCCAAUUUC